AAGGGACCGCUUACGGCGCGGCGCAAAUCAGUCGUUGCGCAGUUGCGGUGGGUGAUGGUCGUGUUCGCUGCGGAGCAGUCGAGUCAAAACGGGCGUUCCACGAGCUAAUCGAGUGCGGAAGCAGAAAGAGAGAUAAAGAGAGGGAGAGACAGGACGAACGCGCACAUUGUGCGUCCCCGAGAUCGCGAUCACACGUUGAUCAACACGGCUGCGGCGGUGCCUUUGUCCGCGCAUCGACACGUCGGCAUGAAAUAACGACGGGCAGCCACCGAACGCAUCAACGAGGCGGCAGGCAGCGGCGACGUCCUGAUUCCAAGCGUCCGUACUCAGUCCUCAGUGUAGGCUAGUCGGUCGCUCGGCGGUCGUUGUCUCGACGAAUCUACGACGAAUAUCCGAUUAACUGACGCAAGUUGACGCCGCAAGCACGUCGAGGCUCCAUGCAAUCGACAUCAAAUCUCCAACGAUAAUCUUCCUCCGCCGUCGUAUAUAACUUAAGCCUCAAAACGCAAUACCGAAUUAUUCGAUCACGUUGCACCGCGUUGAUAACAUCGUCUUUCAUCGUCGUACUUCUUGAUGAGGUAUCUUGUUAUAUCUUGUUCCUGCAUCGUCUCUCGCAGUGAGGUUAUCUCCCAAAAGAGCGGGAAUACGUUCCGAUCGCCAGCUUGACGACGCUCGUGCACGCGUUAUUUCCAUCACGAGGAGCGAGAUUCUUGCCAGGUCCGCGCGUUGACAUCUCGCCAUCAGCCUCGUCAUCCGUACGCGCGUUAACUCGCCAAAGGACGCCAAGAAUUUUGACAGAAGAGCGCGACAACAAAUAUGGCGGCCACGGUGGCGAACGCGUGCAUCCGCAACAUUACGGACACGGGAUAUCUGUGCGAUAUCCUUGAUCGGAUGGAUGCGUGGUUGUCAUGGCACGAUGUUGUGGGAUAUUUCUCCUACAAUCCAUGGAUAUUCUCCCUGCUAGGUAGCACCAUGGUUGGCCUAACCGGUAUCUUCCCCUUAUGGCUCAUCCCCAUUCAGGAUGGCGUGGAUUUAAAAACCGGCGAAAAUGGUGGCACCCUGAAGAUCCUCUUGAGCUUUGCCGUAGGCGCACUGUUGGGUGAUGUUUUCCUACAUCUCUUGCCGGAAGCAUAUGAAAGCGAGCUUCAAAGAAAAGCCGAGGAUGAUGACGCGUCCACGCCUGCAGGCCUGUGGGUGUUGUCCGCCUUUUUGUUCUUCGUAAUUGUUGAGAAACUCGUCGCCGCUGUGAACGAGGAAGCAUCAAUCAUUCCAGAGCAGCAGACCGAUGAAAUCUCGAUCAAGGAUGCAAAUAAGGAGAAAGAAGCAGAUAACAAUAAUUGCAUCACUGUGAUGAACACUGAGAAAAACGGCUUUGCAAAAGAAUGCCUGAAAGAUACAAACAAGAUACAAUGUUUCCUGGAGAAACAAUCUGGCAAGAACGGAUUCAUCCCAAACGGUAUUAAAGAACCACGGAAGAAUGGUUUUAAAGAGGUCGAGAUCAUAAAAUCUGCUUUAGCAAGUGAAUGUCCUAAUGACGGUCCUCUGGUCGACGAGGCAAAGAGCUGCUUGAAGAAAUUAGCAAAGACCAACGGUUUUACGUCGGCGAUUUCACGUGCUGCUGAUCCUUCGUGCAUAAUCCCACCCAACACUAUCAUUAACCGUUUGGCCGCAUGGACAAAGAAAUUCACGUUCAACUUGUUCCGCAAAUGUUUCAAUCCUAAGGCCUUCCCCGGAUAUCUUAAUCUUUUGAUGAACUUUCUCGACAAUUUUACGCAUGGUUUGUCCGUGGGUGGGUCGUUCCUCAUUUCCUUUCGAGUAGGUCUCCUCAGUACGUUCACUAUUUUGGUGCAUGAAAUACCUCACGAAGUCGGCGAUUUUGCUAUUCUGUUACGAAGCGGAUUUAGCAGAUGGGACGCUGCGCGAGCGCAGUUAAUCACAGCUAGCGGUGGCAUCGUAGGUGCAUUGGCUGCUGUCUCGUUUUCUGGUAGUCUAGAGGAGAGAACCAGUUGGAUAUUGCCAUUAACCGCCGGAGGAUUCAUACACAUUGGCCUCGUAACCAUCUUACCUGAUCUACUGAAAGAAACAAACACAAAAGAGUCUUUAAAACAGUUUGGUGCUUUACUUCUCGGUAUUGUUAUAAUGGCUGCGUUAAUGUUCGUUUAAAUUAAUAUAUAUUUCAGAAAAAUAUUAAUUUUUGAGAGGAGUUAUGUUAGUGUACACUAAGAGUACAAUUUCACCAGAUCUAUUUAUAUGUUUCGAUGCGCGUUAAGUGCAGUACUCCGAAGUUGCCAUACAAUAGUUGUUGCUCAAUGGAAUUUGGUCGAGCGCGACUAAUAGCGACGAAGUAAACGACUGGCCAAACUCCUCGCGUGUACACGGUGUAUAAUAUAUACAAUUGGACUUAGCCUUAGUUUAGGAUUUGUGAUGCUUUAUAUUGGAAAUCUUCUCCAGUAUUGGAAUAUGUUUGAUCAAGUCUGAAAUUGUGUUAGUUUUCUACUCUUCUCUGAAACGAUGAGAUUACUUUGCAUUUGCGGGAAUGAGACUUUCAUAGUUUAAAAUCAUCUUCUCAAGUCCCCGUAGUAUAACGAUAACAACAAAGUGAAACGCGUCUUUCGAUGGAUGAUGUACAGAAAGAGAAAAUAUAAUUUGCCAAUUAUUUUGAGAAUUAGGUUACUUGUAUUAUCGCGUUAUCAGUGAUCACAUAGUUUGACAAAUGCUGUUAUGAACCUCGUAUAGUUUAUGUACAAAUACCGCGUGUUCCAUCAUGUAUAGCUGCGGCGGUAUUAAUACCUUCCAGUGUGUCACACGGUAUGAGUAUGACUUUGGUAAUGGAACACUGGAAUUAAAAAUUCAAUUUAAAGUCAAAGUAUAUUAACGUAUGACCAUUAUGUUGUAAAGAAAUCUAAAAGAUAAUAUACAUCGCAUCUCCUAUUUGUUUAAUACAUAAAGAUAUAUGAGAGUGGCGUAAUGAAAACUUCCACAAUAAAAGAUCCUACAUGGGCAUGUUAUAUCCGUGUAUUCAUGAUGCACGUACGAAUACAUAAGUACAUCCUAGUAAAUAUAUACAUUAAGUUCCUAAGAUUAAUUACAUACAUAAGCUCCUCCUAAGAAAUAAUCGCACGAUAAAAAGAACAAAUAUUCGAUGCGUUGUACAAACAAUUGAAUUGUCAUACGUUACUGUGUUUAUGAUGGAAGAGAUUGCAACUUCAGAUAACAGGAAAAUUUUCAUAUUUUUGCAAAAUCCGAAUUUUAACGAAUUUAAUUGUAUAAAUGGAGCGAUUCUUUUUUUAUAUAUCUGCUAAAACUUAUAAGAUCCUGGAUAUUAGAUUAUAUUUCUUUUAUCUGCAAUUUUCACACGAGAUUAGUUAAUAUAAUUUAAUUAAAGUAUAUAUUUUUAUAUGUAUUGUUGCAAAUUCGAUGCGUUCAUGGUUAAUAAAACAUAAAAUAAAAGAAGAAGAAAUUUAGGAAUAUAUUUAUGUUAUAAUAUCAUAAUUGUAAAUUGAAUAAUACGAUAUAAAUUUUUGCAAAUAUCAUGAGGCAGGAAAUAUUUAUGCGCCAAAUACAACAUGUCUGCAAAAGAUACUAUUAUGUAUCUUCUCCGAAUAUGUUCUAUUAUGUUUUAUAAUAAUUCAGUAAUGUAUCAUAUUACAUACAGAUUCAGCUAUGCUUGGCAGUUUAUGCGGACAAGAGGAACUUUCAAAAAACACUCAAUAUUAAUUUUCCCUCGAUAGCCUCGUGUAUCAUGCUCAAUGUCAAUAUUUCACGAAUUGCAUAAAAUAACGCAAUCCUUGUACUUAACAAGUAAAAAUGAAAUGUUAUUUCAAUCCGAUGCAUGAUACAAGAGUGCCUUUUUGUACUUGUAAAUAAAAAGACCCUACUUUAUAGGGUUAAAAUUAAUAUCUUUUACAAGAAUAUUUUCUAUGAAUUAUAAAUAACAUAAAUAAAACUGUUCAUAUGUAAUCUCUAAUUCGCUAUAAUUUGUAAAUAAAAUGUACUAUUCUGCG